AUGGAAAAAUCCAAAAAUUUCCGCAUCGACGCGCUGCUGGCUGUCGAUCCCCCCAAGGCGGCGGCGGCGGGGCAGAGCGUGCCGCUGGCCCUGGUCACCUCGCUGGGCGGCAGCGGUAGUAGCAGCAGCGGGAGCGGCAGCCCUCCGUCCUCGUCCUCCUCUUCCUCGUCCUCUUCAUCCUCCUCCGAGCACCCCUCCGGCGGCCCCGCCGACUGCCUGCGCACCGACAGCCCCUCUCCGCCGCGCCUCCUGGCCGCGCACUGCGCCCUGGUCCCCAAGCCCGGCUUCCUGCCCGGGGCGGGCUCGGGCUCGCACCCGCACCACCCCGCCUCGGCGGCCGGCAUGGCCCUGGGACUGCACCCCGCGGCGCCCGGCGGGCCGGGCAUGCCGGCGCAGGCGGCCCUCUACGGGCACCCGGUGUACGGCUACUCGGCGCUGGGCGGGCAGCACCCGGCGCUCUCGUACCCCUAUUCGCAGGUGCAGGGAGCGCACCCCUCCCACCCCGCCGCCGACCCCAUCAAGCUCAGCGCCGGCACCUUCCAGCUGGACCAGUGGCUGCGGGCCUCCACCGCGGGCAUGAUCCUGCCCAAGAUGCCCGACUUCAACUCCCAGGCGCAGUCCAACCUCCUGGGGAAGUGCCGCAGACCCCGCACGGCCUUCACCAGCCAGCAGCUGCUGGAGCUGGAGCACCAGUUCAAGCUCAACAAGUACCUCUCCCGGCCCAAGCGCUUCGAGGUGGCCACGUCGCUCAUGCUGACCGAGACGCAGGUGAAGAUCUGGUUCCAGAACCGGCGCAUGAAGUGGAAGCGCAGCAAGAAGGCGAAGGAGCAGGCGGCGCAGGAGGCCGAGAAGCCCAAGGCGGGCGGCGGCGAGGACAAGGGCGAUGAGGAGCUGCUGCUGCCCGCCCCCGAGAAGAGCGCCGGCAGGAGGAUGCGGGAGCUGCCCGACAGCGAACCUGAGGACGAGGAAGACGAGGAGGAGGAAGAGGAGGCGGCGGCCGGGAGAUGCUGCCCGUACCACUCCUCCGACUGCUCCGAGGCGGACGAGGAGGACACGCAGCCCCGGGCCCGGCACGGAGCCCCGGCGCAGCCCCAGUGA